UAAUAAAAAGAUUUAAAAAUCAACAGAGUGUUAAUUGUACUUGCAUAAAGUAGUAAAAAGUGAAAUAUAUUGUCAUGUAUAAGGGCAAGUGCUAUUAGGCAGAUACAAUAACAAAAAGCGUUAUUAAAUUACGUAAAACAUUAAAGUCGAAACCCCUAAAAAUUGACUCCAGUGUUAAGUGACAGUGAUAGAACUUAUUAUAAACAGAACCUAUAUUUAGUGAAAGAUAUUGUUUCCGUGGACUGUGCGACAAAAUACAAACAAUUGGAUCACAAAUAAGUGCGUUAACAAUCCAAAAACUUUAUUAUAUGUGCGUAAAACAUUCAAUAAAAAAGUGUGCCGGGUAGUGAAGAAAUAAGAAUUCCUUUGUCGGACAAUCCCAUCUGCUUCCAUAAUAAAACUCAAGAAUAAAGUACACAAAUUCGCCAAGUCUACUUAUCAGUAAAUAGCGCAUCGGUCAGCGCUAAUACUUUUAUACUGCACAUCAUACUUGAGCACGCUCAAGGACACGAGAUCGGAACUCGGCUCAAGCAAGAUUUUUUUCUGGAAAUAAAGUUUGUUCUAACAGCGCGCCAUCUAGGAUCGAAUAACUAAAUUAAUUGUACUACCAAAACGAACGUCCGAUAUAUCUGAAUUAACACCACUAGGUGGCAGCACUAGUACCAUAUUACAUAUUCACAAAAAAUAAAAACAUGGAAGAAAUAAAACAAAUGUUCGAAAAAAUUCAAAACGAUAUAAGAGAAACAAAUAGCUCUAUAAAAAUAUUGGAAAAAAACUUAACACAAAGAAUAGAAGAAAAAUUUGAAAAUUUACACAUCAGAAUUCAAAAUUUAGAAGAAGAUAGCGAACGAAAAGAAAAGAGAAUUGAUUUAAUCGAAAAAAUUCAAAGACAAAGAAAUAUAGUAAUCUUUGGAAUACCUGAGGGCGAACGCGGAUACAAUGACCUGUCAGAAAAAGUAUUAGACAUAUUCAAUAAAACAAUGAACUCAAAUACUAAUAAAGCAGAAAUAGAAUUCUUGAGGAGAAUUGGGAGGAAGGCUGAAAAAGCAAGACCUGUUGUUGUCACACUUGGUACAAUGGGAAAGAAAAUCGACAUUCUUAAACAGAAACGCACUCUUCGCGGUACCAUCUAUGCAAUUGCUGAAGACUUUCCGCCAAAAAUACUUGAAACGAGAAAAUUACUUCAAGAAACUGCCAAAUUAGAGAGAGAGAAAGGGAAUACAGUGUUUAUAAAGUACGAUAAACUAGUAAUAUUACCAAUAACUCCGAACAAACUUACGAGCACAGAACAAGGAGGUCGUAACAAUAAGCGCAUGCUGUCACAAAGCCCCUCAGAUGCAUUAUCAAGGAAUAAUACAUCAAAUAACCAUCACCGAGAAAAGGCAACAACGCAAACACUGAAGAAAAAUAAAAUUUCCUCAUACUGGCCGCGGGAUACUCGCAACGCUCAGACCUCUAAAGACCAGAAGAGCGACCUUACCAGCAAUAGCUGUUCGUCGAACAAUGAUAUGAAUAUACAAUAG